GACAUUUGCGUCAUGUCGUCCGCGCAUGCGCGUGUCACCCGGCAGUGAAACUCGCUUUUUUUCCACACAGGUGAACAACAGCAAAACAGACACCGAGCGUCAGAGAUCAGAAAUGGGCAAAGGCGGCGGAACAUUUGAGAGACUGUUGGAUAAGGCUACCAGUCAGCUGCUGCUGGAGACGGACUGGGAGUCUAUUCUGCAGAUAUGUGACCUCAUUCGGCAAGGCGAUACCCAAGCAAAAUAUGCAAUUGUUGCCAUCAAGAAAAAACUAAAUGACAAAAAUCCACAUGUUGCGCUUUAUGCUCUUGAGGUCCUGGAGUCGGUGGUGAAGAACUGUGGCCAGACGGUUCAUGAUGAAGUGGCAAGUAAACAAACGAUGGAAGAGCUGAAGGAGCUGUUCAAGAAACAACCCGAACCGAACGUGAAGAACAAGAUCCUUUAUCUGAUCCAGGCCUGGGCCCACGCCUUCCGCAACGAGCCCAAGUACAAAGUCGUCCAGGACACCUAUCAGAUCAUGAAGGUGGAAGGCCACGUCUUCCCAGAAUUCAAGGAGAGUGAUGCCAUGUUUGCAGCGGAAAGGGCCCCUGAUUGGGUGGAUGCUGAGGAGUGUCACAGAUGUAGGGUCCAGUUUGGUGUUAUGACCCGAAAGCACCACUGCAGGGCAUGUGGCCAGAUUUUCUGCGGGAAGUGCUCUUCGAAGUACUCUACCAUUCCCAAAUUUGGCAUUGAGAAGGAGGUGCGCGUGUGUGAGCCCUGCUUCGAGAUUCUCAACAACCACCCCUCCCUCUCUCCCCCUCCUAGGAAAGCCGAAGGGAAGGCCGCCAGCACUGGGCAGUCCGAGCUUCCCCCUGAGUACCUGACCAGCCCUCUGUCCCAGCAGUCUCAGGUAGUGCCCACCGAAUCAAUGCCUCCUAAGAGAGACGAGGCCGCGCUGCAGGAGGAAGAGGAGCUGCAGCUGGCCAUCGCGCUGUCUCAGAGUGAGGCAGAGGAGAAGGAGAGGAUGAGACAGAAAAACACUUACUCUGCGUACCCCAAAGCCGAUCCGACCCCUGUGACUUCCUCUGCUCCUCCUGUCAGCACUCUCUACUCCUCUCCCGUGAACUCAUCAGCUCCAUCGGCUGAAGACGUGGAUCCAGAGCUGGCCCGUUACCUAAACAGAACUUACUGGGAGAAGAAACAGGAAGAGGUUCGCAAGAGUCCCACCCCCUCCGCUCCUGCUCCGGUUUCACUGGCUGAGCCCGUGCCAAUUAGCCAACCGGUAGAAAGCCACGCUCCAGUCCAGCCCAUCAACAUAGUGGAGCAGCAGUAUCAGAAUGGAGAAUCUGAGGAGAAUCACGAGCAGUUCCUGAAGGCCUUGCAGAACGCCGUCACCACCUUCCUUAACCGCAUGAAGAGCAACCACAUGCGCGGCCGCAGCAUCACCAACGACAGCGCUGUUCUCUCUCUCUUCCAGUCCAUCAACAACAUGCACCCGCAGUUGCUGGAAAUACUCAACCAGCUAGAUGAAAAGAGACUGUACUACGAGGGUCUUCAGGACAAACUGGCACAAGUGCGUGACGCGCGGGCGGCACUCAACGCUCUGAGAGAGGAGCACAGGGAGAAACUGAGACGGGCUGCCGAGGAGGCAGAGAGACAGAGACAAAUACAGCUCGCCCAGAAACUGGAGAUCAUGAGGCAGAAGAAACAGGAGUACCUGGAGAUGCAAAGACAGCUCGCAAUCCAGCGUCUGCAGGAGCAGGAGAAGGAGAGACAGAUGCGUCUGGAGCAGCAGAAACACACCAUUCAGAUGAGAGCACAGAUGCCUGCGUUCUCUCUGCCUUACGCCCAGAUGCAGUCGCUGCCUCCUAACGUGGCAGGAGGGGUGGUGUAUCCCCCCGCUGGCCCACCCAGCUAUCCUGGCACGUUCAGUCCCGCUGGCUCAGUGGAGGGGUCGCCAAUGCAUGGGGUUUACAUGAAUCAGCCCGGACAGACGGGUGCCGGUGGCCCGUACCAGGCCAUGCCUGUGUCAGCUACAGAUCCCAACAUGGUGAACGCUUACAUGUAUCAGACUGCAGGCACCAGUGGGCAGCCAGCCGCCCCGGGACAAGCCCCUCCCACAACCACCCCUGCCUACACUAACUACCAGCCCACACCUACACAGGGCUACCAGAACGUGGUCUCUCAAGCUCAGAGUUUGCCCCCGAUGUCCCAGACUGCACCCACCAAUGGUAUUGCCUACAUGGGCUACCAGCCGUACAACAUGCAGAAUAUGAUGACCGCUCUUCCAGGACAAGACCCCAACAUGCCUCCCCAACAGCCCUACAUGCCCGGGCAGCAGCCUAUGUACCAGCAGAUGGCUCCCCCCGGCGGUCCACAGCAGUCACAACAGCAUCCGCCGCAGGCUCCUCCGGGCAGUGCAGAGGCUCAGCUCAUUUCAUUUGACUGAUCAUAGCUCAUCACAUGCCUUUACCCACCAGGUCCAGCACACUACAUUCAACUCUCCCUUACCCUGCUGUUUCUGGGUUUAUGGCCCUGCACCUGCUCUCGCUUCACUAUGCUCCGCAGAUACUGAAGGUGUACAAAUAUCGUGAAAGCAUUUGAGUCCCCCUCCUCUCUCCGUUUCUUUAAAUGAAGGAGGAGAGGCUACAAAUGGAGCUGGUGGGGAACCUUUGUCUCUUAACUGGAUGGAUCUCAUGAAACUCCGUGUCUAGAUCAUAUUUUACCCCUAAACAAUAAAAAAACCUUUUCUCACGCUUAUAAAAUAAACUUAUCUUAGACCGUUGCAUUGGUUUUGCAUCAUGAUAUCAGUUAUGACCGUUAAACGAUUACUUUCUCUGUUCUCGUUAUUGUAAAGCAGAAAAAUGGUAUUUCGUUUAAAUUGCGUAGUAGUUACAUGGUAAUAUUUGUUGUACUGCCUUUUAAUCCUGAUAUCAUGAUUUAAAAAUGACUGUAUAUCAUUAUUGUGAUUCACCGUUGACAAUUAUAAAUACUAAAAAACUCAUUAAACAUGAGAGUUUUGUUGGAAAUAUGAUUUAUGAUGAUGCAAGUAUCUCAAUGGACAAAAUUUUUUUUUUUUGUGUGUGUGUGGAAAAGCCCAUUUCUGCAAGAUAUGUGCGGUAAAGUUAAAAUAUAUUUUCAAAAUUAUACAAGCGAUAACUGACAGUAUUUCCGUUGUCUCAAGAUUAAAAAGUUUUGUCGUAAGGCUUUCAUAUCUCAAAUUUGAAAUACUAAGGCAUUAUGACGGUUCUGCUUUGUCGUAAUUGUGUUUUGAUGUCAAUUAUGACAAAGUAAUUAUAUAAAAGUCAUGCUUCUUAAAGUCAAAAUAAUAUAACCAAGUCAUAUAUAAAAGUUUCACUAAAGCUUAGGUGGUAGAAAUCAGAUUCUAUAAAAAAUAUGUUCUAGACAUGCGAGAUUCAUCCUCUAACUCUAACCGUAGUUUUUCCUUCUAAAACUAAACCGAUGCGAAGUUAGUCAUCGUACUAUAGAGACACAAACACGAUACGACAUAACCAUCUUUUGUGUCAUAUUUUUCUAAGAUGUGUUUGCAUGAGUGAAUAUGUAACAGCCUUUUUUUUUUCCUCUCUCUCUUCGGGUGAGAGACUUGCCGUCUUCAGCGAGGCAUCAUAGCAGUUAUUCAGCUCCGGUUUGCUGUAAGAUCUAGAGAUGUUGUGGAAUCCUCGCUAAUGAUUUACGCGGUGGACGGCGCGAACGCCUUGUAUAAUUAACAGCCAGUGAGGUGUCAACUUUAACGCCGUUUGCAUAUAUCGCCGAUCUGUUUCGAAAGGAAUAGGCUGGCGUUUCCAGAUACUGCGUGUAGGUCAGCCAGACGUCGCGUGUGUUUGUGGGGUUCGGACCUAGAACUAGACCAGUCGUUCGAUCUCAAAGCCGCGGUUUCAUUACCAAUUAAUUACACUGAAACACUGAGCACCGGAUCAAUGACGGGCAGAGGAAGUCUAUUUUUAGACAGCAGUUGUAAAAACUGUCGACGGCCUAUGGGAUGGUUUUGAUGGAUGAGGGGAACGCUGCAUGCUUGUAACACACACACACACACACACACACACACAACUGAACUGGUGACAUCUGUAACCCCUUUAAUAUCAUCUUUAUUCCAUACUGAUCCGCCUCAUGUUAAAAAGUCAUUUUAAGAUCAUAUUUAAUAAGUAUCUUGUUCUUUUAUCGGUCAUACAUUAGUGGAAAUGUUUUUUUUUUUUUUUCUUGUCUCUGAAAGUAUGUGCACAAUAAAACAAUGUCAAUCUG